AUGGUGAUGAAGACGCCCAUCUUCAAUCCCCGUCGCAGCACGGCUAUCUUGCUGUGGACAUUUGUCUCGCUGGUAUCGGCGCAAGCGGGUGGAGUGGUGUUCAGCGGCUUUCCAAAGCCUCCCAUAUUUCCCACCGGGGUCAAUUCAAACGACGCAUCGACAGUGACGCUGACUGGAUCAGAUGCCUCGUCCGACUUUACAGAAAUUCGCAUCCUCGGCGCCGUGUCUGGUUCGAGCACCGUUCUAGGAACAUGGACACCGGACAGUCCAGAGUCAGAUUCAAGCGCGUUGCCCAUCACGCUCGAAGUCUCCGACCAGCAUACCCCAGGGCAACCCGCUAUCGCUAGGGUGAAGAUAUCGUUCCGACCGUUUGAUUCAUUUUGGAACGAUCUCAUGACUAUAGAAGCAACCAUGGGCCCAUUGGCUGGCGAGGGUGUCUUUUCAACUUCGAGUUUUGCCUUCGUCAUCACGACUCAAGGGUUUCGUGAUUUCCCCGCCAUUAUUCAACGCCAGCAGGCCGCAAACAGCGUCCCGGUUUUAAGUACGAGCGUCCUUCCUAGACCGACCUUGGUCGUACCACCAUUAGAUCAAACGUCAUCGAGCACCUCACUAUCUGCGACCGAUAUCCAGACCGUGCCAACGACUAGAGAUGGCCAAACCACUUCACAAAUAGUAGAAGAAACGGCCGUGAUCCUUGUACCACCACCGCCAGCGUCACCAACUGCGAUAGCAAAUCCCGACCCAAGUCCCGAGGAAGGAAUCACCAAGCCGGCAGAAAACGCAGAUAUCUCGGGGCUGACUCCUGGCGCCAAGAUCGGCAUAGCGCUGGGGGUUCUUAUCGGCAACGCAUUCAUCAUUGGUAGUUUGGCGUACCUCUGUGCCAGAAAGGGCUUUGUGAUUUCAAUACCACUUCUCGGUCCUCGCAAGAAGCCGUCAGCUACCGAAAAGGGAGGGGAAUAUGGGACGAAGUCGCUGCCGCACGUGUAUGCUUCCGAGAUGGAUGGGGUUGCGCCGGCGGUAGAGCUUGAGGCCCAGAGAGGACCGUUCGAACUAGAAGCCCGGACUAGCUUCUAUCGUAGAUCACUUGCGGUGCAGCAGCACGACGACAAGGCCUAG